GGUUGGUGGGGAAGGACCAGCUUGUCCUAGGAGCCUUUCUUUGAGAUUCCAAAUUUCUGCCACCACCUUCUUGGGAAGGCCAGACUGGUUCUGGGGGCUGUUUCUGAACCCCACUGCUUGGCCCCCAAAGCAGUGACUCAGGCCACCACGCAUGAACCCAGGCCAAAGUGUGAUCUGGCCACAUGCAGAAAUCGCUCCAAGAGCUCUUUACCGACUUGCGGUGGUGAGGAGCGAGGAGAUGAAUAUAGCAGCCAAGUACCGCCAGGCCUCCCUGUACGUGGGUGACCUCCAUGCGGAUGUCACUGAGGACCUGCUGUUCAAGAAAUUCAGCACUGUGGGGCCCGUGCUGUCCAUCCGCAUCUGCAGGGACCUGGUCACCCGACGUUCUCUGGGCUAUGCCUACGUGAAUUUCCUGCAGCUGGCAGAUGCCCAGAAGGCCCUGGACACCAUGAAUUUUGACCUGAUAAAAGGCAAAUCCAUCCGUCUCAUGUGGUCUCAACGUGAUGCCUACUUAAGGAAAUCUGGAAUUGGGAACGUGUUCAUCAAGAAUCUGGACAAAUAUGAUAAUAAAACCCUUUAUGAACAUUUUUCAGCUUUUGGGAAAAUCCUGUCCUCCAAGGUGAUGAGUGAUGAUCAGGGCUCCAGGGGCUAUGCAUUUGUGCACUUUCAGAACCAGAUUGCUGCAGAUAGAGCCAUCGAGGAGAUGAAUGGGGCACUGCUUAAAGACUGCAGGCUAUUUGUUGGCAGAUUCAAAAACCGCAAAGAUCGAGAAGCAGAGCUUCAAAACAAAGCCAAUGAGUUCACCAAUGUUUACAUCAAAAACUUCGGAGAUGACAUGGAUGAUGAGAGACUGAAGGAAGUUUUCAGCAAAUAUGGCAAAACCUUGAGUGUUAAGGUGAUGAGAGAUUCCAGUGGGAAAUCCAAAGGCUUUGGCUUUGUGAGUUUUGAUAGCCAUGAGGCUGCCAAAAAGGCUGUUGAAGAAAUGAAUGGAAAGGACAUAAAUGGACAGCUGCUUUUUGUAGGCCGGGCACAAAAGAAAGCAGAGCGACAGGCUGAGUUAAAGCAAAUGUUUGAGCAGCUGAAACGUGAAAGGUUUCGCCGGUGCCAGGGGGUAAAGCUCUAUAUUAAGAACUUGGAUGAGACCAUUGAUGAUGAAAAACUACGGAGGGAAUUUUCUUCAUUUGGAUCAAUUAGCAGAGUUAAGGUAAUGCAGGAAGAAGGGCGAAGCAAAGGGUUUGGCUUGAUCUGCUUCUCCUCUCCUGAGGAGGCCACUAAAGCGAUGACUGAGAUGAAUGGCCGCAUCUUGGGCUCUAAGCCACUCAAUAUCGCCCUGGCCCAGAAGCCCUAGGACAGGAAAACUGCACCAGCCAGAAUUUGCAGUAGUUAGAGGAAUGUUAGUGUUCUCUGCCUUCAUUGUCCUCAGUAAAUUUCAAAUCCCAGCUAAUGGCUGCUCAGCUUAGUAAAUGUUGUGAUCAAAGGUUUUAUAUACAAAGCUAUUUAUUUUUCUUUGGAGGAAAAAUAAGUGAAUCUUUGAAGCUUGGUUCUUUUUACAGAGGCACACCUUCUAAUUACAAUAUUGUAAUUUUUUUUCUGAUUUUGAUGUAGUGUUCAUAGCAAUAAGUAUAAUUAGAUAUAUUUUAUAUUUUGAACCAACUGAAAUGUGAUAAUUAUUUACAUUUAUUGCAUACUUUUUCUUAACAAUAUUGUUAGCUUUAAUUUCCUCCAUGAAAAUAUGCCAAAGUAGUUCUUAUACCUAAGAAUUGCAAAGUAAUGUAUUUUUACAAAGAGAAAAUUUUAUUUCUCAUCUAACUUUUAAAGAAAUCAGUAUUUUAAAAUUACUACUACAAAUUCAGUAUCUAAUUUCAUUUUGAAUUAAUGUUUAAAGUACUAGGAAAUAUUUGAAUUUUUUUAAAUUUAUAAAUGAGUAUUUUUCUGAUGCCUGAAAUUAAUGAUGGAGGCUUUUAAUGUUGCCUACAAAUCUGCUUUAUAGGAUAUUUUGUUAUUCUUUCCAUUGGUUGACUAUGAUCCAGGUGCUUACUGGUUAUCAAAAUUGUGACUUGAAUAGUAAAACCUUAACUUCUACAUUCCUUAAGUUAUAAAACUAUAUCAAUUUAGGUCAAAAAGUUGGCCUAGUUUUAAUUCUCUUCAUAACUACACAGCAUAAAAUGAUGCCUUAAUUAUUUAACUAGAUAGCAGUGUCAUAAAAGUCAUAUAUAUACAUAUGUGUAUAGAUAUAUGUAUAUAUGACAUAGAAAUUCUGCUUAACACCUGUGUUUUCUAAUCGCUGUUUUGUAUUGUUCAGUGUAGUAGUAUUGUCUCAGGGUUCAGAAAAGUAAGUUUCUUUAUUUUUAUGAGCUCCAUGUCUUCUUUUAUAAAACUGUAAGAGCUAUGUAAUCCAUAGCCAUGAUCAGAAGGUCACUAAUUGACUUUCUGUUAAAUUGAAGUCACAUUACUUAGCCUGUUGUCCAGCGAAAUUUUUAUUUCAGCCCAUUCCCAGAUCUUACUUUAUCUUCUGUCUUUUGUCUGUAUUACUCAGCUCCUCUAUACUUUUUAAAAGGGGUUUUAUUUUAUUGAUUUUUACUAUGUGCUGUUUGAAAGCAGUUUGGAAGUAAUAGAAUUAUUUAUUUACAUUUAAAUACUUUUGAAAUUCUGAUUCACUCAUACCAAAGGUAUCUAGAAAAUAGUUUUGUUGUUUUUUCUUUUUAUCCUGUAUAAUUAUUUCCUAUAACCAUAGAUUUGAGUCUUCUGUUUCAUAUAUUACCAGUACAAAAGAAAUAUUAAAAUAUUUUUCUUUGGCAAUACUUUAAGCUACGAAGGAAUGAGAAAAUCUGUUUCUGUUUAUUUUUAUAUGAACUAUGUGUAUAUUCAUUGCACAUUUUCUAAAUUAAAAGUCUUAUUUAGACAAUGAAAAUAAUUAUGGACAAUGAAAAAAUUACAGCAACAUAUAAUCUUAUUAUGCAGACAGACCUUCUGUUGAAAUGUGUUGCAUCUCCUCCCGAUUUUUUUCUGUGCAUAUACACAUAAUUUAACAUAAAUAGAAUCAUGUUAUAAGCCUUGUUUGAAAUUGUUUCCUUUUUUUCUUUUUUCUUUUUUCUUUUUUUUUUUUGGCUUUUUAGGGACACACCCGUGGCAUAUUGAAUUUC